AUGGUACCCUUGCAUGUCCAUCGAUAUGGUUGGGUUGACCAGUGUACUGCUCGCUUACACCAGGAGGUGCAGACAAUCCUGCUACAAAAUCUGAUGGAACACUUUCUUGCCACCGACAUCCUCGUUGAUCCUAUUAGCCUCCCAUUGCCUCCGGGGGGAAUGAGCGUGCGCAUUCCAAACCACAUCUGCUAUUUUGCUAGUCGACUGGUGGACAAACUUUGGCAGGUCAAUUAA